UCGCCAUUUAGCUGAUAGAACUGAGGAGCCUUAGCGAGCACUUAUAGAGGGAGUUUAAUCCCAAAUGUAGAUAUAUUAAUACACAACAUUAAUGUAACAUUUUGAAGGAGGUAUUUAGGUUAUUUUUUAUUUUUGUGUAGAUAUGUGAAGAGUUUUAGCUAGGUAGGUCGUUGCUAACUACAAGAACAAACUCUUUGGGUUUAACGUUAGCCAGUGAUGGAUGUAGCCAUCUAGCUUGCCAGCUAGUUAUCUACCCAACCGUGUGUUGUAUGAUAGCUAGCUCGCUACGGUUUUUCAACUGUCCUCAUUGUUAUCUGAUAUUCUUUUUGAAUUAAUUCCCUUCGCAACGUUUUUUCCUUCUUUGUGGCGGUCUCAGUGACGAACCGGAAUGACAGUGCGUUAGCUGGUUAGUCGCUAGCCAUUAGUUCAGUCAGCUAACCGGUCAGCUAGCUGGCAUCGGUAAUGUUUUAGCGAGCUAAGCUAGCGACUGGUGUCGGUAGUGUUUUAGCGAGCUAAACUAAGCUAGCGAACUGCCUCACUAAUAAAUCAUUUAGCGAUGCGAUGGAUACAGCCAGUACGCGGGGCGCGCUAGUCUAGGACAGAGAGGAGAGGGGGGAUCACAGAUAACCCCCGUAUUUUCUGAAUAAAGGAAACAUCGCUUUUGUUCACCACCCCCUUUAAGUCUGCGUAGCUGGCUUCAUCUUGGACCGUGUGACAGGUUUGAGGCUAUCUUAGCGAGAUUGAGGAGGCCCCGUGUGAUCAGGUUGGUCCGGCGGCGGUGCUGUCAGUAUCCGGCUGGAAGACACGCAUUCAGCCCGGCGCCACAACAAAACGUGGCGGACUGCCCGUGUGGAUGGGAUAAAGCCGUGCAUGGGAGAAAAAAGAGGACUUCGCCUGAGGUUUGCUCUUAUUAAAACGAUCAGCCGCGCAUCUGAAGAAGAAAGUGCACACAUGGAAAUUCGGACUGUCAUUUUUUGUCUGUUAGGAAAACAAAGGACCUUCAUGUUGUAAUCUGCACGAUCUGAAAAGGGGGCGAAACGUGGUGGAUUUUGUCGUGCGUGCAUUGUGUUCUUCGUUGGCCCUGAAUUACAGUGCGGUUUAUGGCGAAAAGCUAAAAGCAGAAGGAGGAUCGAGGUCAACGCAACUGUAACGUUGGUGUAGCUGGAUCUCUACGUCUCGUCAGAUACUCCGCAGCAGAAGCGACGUUACUGCUAUCCGGAUACGCAGCCAGCGAUAGUUACCGAGCUCGCUAUUGAUAAACAAUAGCAAGCUAGCUUGUUCAGUAUUGCAGCUUGAAGUGGCCUUUCCAGCCGUGGUUUUUAGCUUACUAAAAAUACACCCGUCAAACACACUGUCGCUAUGGAAUGCAUCGCUAGAUAGCUGCGUAUGUGCUUGAUUGUAUGGUCAUCUUUUUUCUAGCGAGAUUGGCAAACUGGCCGAUCUUUUUGCACAUUUUGGAAGACUAAGCGUUACCGAACGCAGUGCAUUUUGUUUAGAAAUAUCAAGUUAUUCCAGCUACCUACAGAAUGAUCGGAACUGAAGAAAAAUGGCUAUGACGACCCGAAAGUGAACUUGGACCUAAGUGCGGAUUGUGCACCGUGUUGCCCACGGCGACGGACUAAAUACCAAGCUGCCACUCUUCCUUCCUUCUGCUCAAUGAAUGUGCCGUGGUUCCUGCAGGAUGGAUGGUGUGGAUCUGAUGGGCCUUGUGUGUCAGCAUCAGCGCCUGCUCUUCUGUGACUCUGUCUUGUUCUUUUCCAUCUAUAAAAGAACACCUCCUCUCCUGGGCCCUGACCCUGUGCGCUGUAAAAGCAUUAACUAUCUCUGCUAAGCAACACGCAAAGGAGGGGGAACCCCACAAACUCCAGAGUUUUUUUUUUUAUAUAUAUAUAGUUUUAUUUCGUGGCUCGGGAGUUUGGAAGAGGAAUUCUUCAAGGCUCAAGGAAGGGCGAAAUUAUUUUUUUCUAUUUUGCUGAAAUAAUUUAUUUCCUUUUUUUCCUGAGUUGUGUUUGCUGCUCACACUAACAAGCGUAACGAUGUCGGAAAACCCCAACAACAAGGUGGUGAAAUUCCUGGCCCCUCCUCCUCCGAAGAGUAACGGGAACGGGUCGAGCUCGGACUCGCUGGUGGGCGAGCGGCUGGGUACGGAGGUGCGGCGGCGGCGCCACACCAUGGACCGCGACCUGAAGACGGCCGAGCACCGCUUCUUCCGCCGCUCCGUCAUCUGCGACUCCAACGCCACCGCCCUCGACCUGCCCAGCAAGGCCUGCUUCCUGACGUCCCCGCCCGACUGCGAGCCCGCGGUCACCCCCGCAGGCCCCGACGCCGCGCCCUGCCUGGCUGCCGAGCCCGGCGCCGCCGUCACCGCGCCCGUGGUGGAGGAGGGGGAGGGGCGGGGCGACUCGGGCGUGGACGGGGCGGUGGAGGAGCAGGGCCCUGCCCAGCCGGAUGUGCGCGCGGGCGAGAGGGAGCAGUCCUCCGCCGCCCCGCGGACGGAGGAGGAGGAGGAGGCGCAGAGGAAGGCCGGGGAGCCGGAGGGAGAGAGCGGUAUGACGGAUGAGAAGCGCGAGGAGGAGGAGAGGGGCGUGGCCAAGGCGCGGGCCGAGGCGGAGCAGCGGGAGGCUGAGAAGAAGGUCCAGGACGACAUCGAGGAGGUGGAGACCAAGGCGGUGGGCACCUCGCCCGACGGCCGCUUCCUCAAAUUCGACAUCGAGAUCGGACGCGGCUCCUUCAAGACGGUGUACAAGGGCCUGGACACUGAGACGACGGUGGAGGUGGCCUGGUGCGAGCUGCAGGAUCGCAAGCUGUCCAAGUCGGAGCGGCAGCGCUUCAAGGAGGAGGCGGGCAUGCUGAAAGGGCUGCAGCACCCCAACAUCGUGCGCUUCUACGACUCCUGGGAGUCCCCCUCCAAGGGCAAGAAGUGCAUCGUGCUGGUGACAGAGCUCAUGACCUCCGGGACCCUCAAAACGUACCUGAAGCGCUUCAAGGUGAUGAAGAUCAAGGUUCUGCGCAGCUGGUGCAGACAGAUUCUGAAGGGCCUGCACUUCCUGCACACCCGAGCCCCGCCCAUCAUCCACCGUGACCUCAAAUGCGACAACAUCUUCAUCACGGGCCCCACGGGCUCCGUCAAGAUCGGGGACCUGGGGCUGGCCACCCUCAAGAGGGCCUCUUUCGCCAAAAGUGUCAUAGGUACCCCUGAGUUCAUGGCUCCUGAGAUGUAUGAGGAGAAGUACGACGAGUCAGUGGAUGUGUAUGCCUUUGGGAUGUGUAUGCUGGAAAUGGCUACCUCAGAGUACCCGUACUCCGAGUGUCAGAACGCCGCACAGAUCUACCGCAGAGUCACCAGCGGAGUGAAGCCAGGGAGCUUCGACAAGGUAGCCAUUCCAGAGGUGAAGGAGAUCAUCGAGGGAUGCAUUCGCCAGAACAAAGAUGAGAGAUACGCCAUAAAGGACCUGCUGAACCAUGCCUUCUUCCAGGAGGAGACGGGGGUGCGCGUGGAGCUGGCUGAGGAGGACGAUGGCGAGAUGAUCGCUAUCAAGCUCUGGCUGCGCAUUGAAGAUGUGAAGAAGCUGAAGGGCAAAUACAAGGACAACGAGGCCAUCGAGUUCUCCUUCGACCUCAACAAGGACGUGCCUGAAGAUGUGGCCCAGGAGAUGGUGGAGUCUGGCUAUGUGUGCGAAGGCGACCACAAGACGAUGGCCAAGGCCAUCAAGGACCGAGUGUCUCUGAUCCGCCGCAAGAGGGAGCAGAGGCAGCAGGUGCGCGAGGAGCAGGAGAAGAGGAAGCAGGAGCAGGAGCAGCAGCAGGCCGAGCUGCAGAAGGGCCAGCAGGGGGCGCCACCAGCAGCAGCCCCGGUGGUCCUGCAGCCGGCCGCGCCCGUGCAGACGCAGGCGCAGACGCAGCCGGAGUCAGAGGAGCCUGAGCCCGAGCAGCAGACGCUCUACACGCAGCCCGGACUCUCCAUGACAUCCGACGCAGCGCUCGACAGCGGCCAGGGCUCAUCGCUCUUCUCCGAGACGCACCAGGCCCAGCUGAGCAUGUCCUACAGCUCCACCGGCUCCCAGCAGCCCCAGCUCCAGGGUCUGCCCACCAGCCAGGCCUCCUACCCGCCCGCCACCUCUCAGCACAGCGCCUACCCACAGCCCGCCAUGCCGCAGUCUGUGACGCAUCCGUUCAGUGGAGGGGCCCCGGCCCUCCCUGACCCCCCGAUAUUUUUCCCCACCAUCCUGGAGAGGCCGGUCUCCUUCUCGCCCCCGCCGUCCUGCCCUCCCAAAAUGACCAACAUCCAGCGCCGCAAGAGCACCUCCAUCCUGGAAGCCCACACGCGCCACUUCCAGCCGGCCUACAGGAGCUACGGCAGCAGCCUGCACCCAUUCGCGGGGGUGGAGCCGCUGGGCGGGGGGGCAGAGCCGUCCCUGCUGCUGCUGCCGGGCGUUGCCCCCCAGCGCAUGGCCGAGCCCCUGCACCUGGCUGGACAGGUCGAGCAGCUGUACGGAUACAAGGAGGCGCGGCCGGAGCAGCCGCAGGAGGAGGUGGUGCGGAGGCUGAGUCUGAACCAGGCGGCGCUGCUGGACCACUUCGAGGCCAUGGCGUAUGGCGGGUACCCAGUGACUGCACACCAGCUGAACCAGCUCAACUUCCAUCAGCAGAUUCAGGCCGCCGCGGCUGCGGGCCUAGGGUACGACCCCACCCAGCCCGGCCCUGCCUACCUGCACCCGCACGUGCAGAGCCACGUCCGCCUCACCCACAGCCCCAUCCCACCUCUCCCACCAAUGAGCGCGUCCGCGUCGUCCGCCGAGCCCUGCUACCCACCCGGCUCCUUCCCACACUCGGCGCCGCCCGUUCUGGCCCACGCCGGAGACCCCGUCCCCAGCGGCGUCUUCGACUUCCACGCCCACAACGUGCCGACGGACCCCGGCCUCCUGGCCUCCAGACUGUACCGGGCCCGCCGCGGCUCCAUGGACCUGAACCUGGAGGAGCCGGGCUGCCCACCGGGCCUGUGCGGACGGCUGCAGCCCGUCACCGAGGAACUGUACAGCUACGUCAGCCCCGAGCUCCCUCUGCCCCCGGGCAGCCUGCUGCUGCACGCGCCUAAGGACCGCAGCCCCGACCCCUCCAGCGACUCCAUAGCCUCCUCCGACGCCAGCGAGUUCCACUCCCCGCCCCCCCACGGCGGCGCGCCCCCUGGCGAAGCCUCGGCCGCCAAGUCUAUCCCGCACAGCUCGUAUUACGCGGCGGACAGCGGGAGCACCGCGCCGGACGCCCACCCCCCCAGCCAGCCCUCCUUUCUGUUCGUUCCGCCCUCCGACGCCUCGGCAACCGUCAACAUGCUGCACGCCUCCUGGGCGCGGCAGACGCCCUUCCAGCCCGACCUUUCUUACCACGACUCUGCCCUGACGCCCCAGGGCCCGCCUUUGCAGACGCAGGUUUCGGGACCACAGUCCUCCAGCGCUGUCCCCCUGGCCCCCAGCUCCCAGCCGGGACCCAGCGUACCCCAGCAGUAUGGAGGUUACUACGUCACAGCGCUCCCUCCGCAGGCUGCCCCUGCGCAGGCCCCUCUCGCCCCCUCCUCCCAGCCCAUGGUGUCCCUGCCCCUCCAGCAGCCGCAGACAGGGGGCGCCGCUGUGACACAGAGCGCCUCACAGACCCAGCUGCAGCCUGGCACCCUGCCCACACAGCCCUACGCUCUGGCUCAGCCUCCCUCUUCAUCGGGGCAUGUCUCCAUGGCGCAGGUGGGCUUCCCCCCGCCCUCUCUGCCGGUCACCAUGGCGGCGGCGGCCCCGGGGUCCUCGGCCGCUGCACCGCCCUCCGCCCCGCCCGCCGGCACCCCGCUGUCGCCCCAAAUGAUGCCUCCACAGCUGGCGCCUGCCGCGCCGGCCACCCGCGCCGGCCCUGUCCCGGCAGAGCUGCCCUAUCAAACAGGAGAUUCCUCUCACCAGGCACCCCAGCCUGUUUCUCAGCCUGUGCCAUCGGAUCAGACGCAAGGACAAACACCGCAAGUGCCCUCCUCCAUGGAGAGUGGCCACUCUGACGUGGCGUCGGGUUUGAGUGAUGGGAACGAGGGGGCAUCGGCCACGGGCGGCCGGCACGAGGGCCGCUCCACCAAGCGGCACCAGCGCAGGUCCGUGCGCAGCCGGUCCCGGCACGAGAAGAUGAGCAAGGCCAAGUUGAACGUCCUCAAUAUUUCCAACAUGGGCGACAGAGUUGCUGAGUGCCAGCUGGAAACGCACAACAGGAAAAUGGUGACUUUCAAGUUUGACCUGGAUGGAGAUAAUCCGGAAGAAAUUGCACACAUCAUGGUCCAGAGCGAGUUUAUCCUGGAGAGCGAGCGGGAGUCGUUCAUCGAGCAGGUGCGGGAGGUGAUCGAUAUGGCGGACGACCGGGGCCUGGAGAGGGAAGGAAUGAAGGAGGGCUACAGCCAGAUGGGGAGCGGCCUGGCACAGGAAGUGCCUGCGAUCUCUGUUCCCCUCCAGUCAGGUGAGAGUCAGAACGCGGCAGCACAGGUGGUGCACUCCGCAGGCCGCAGGUUCAUCGUCAGCCCGGUGCCCGAGUCCCGGCUGAAGGACCAGUUCUUCAGCUCACCCACGGUGGCCCCUCCCCCCAGAGAGGCCCCCGCAGCAGCAGCCCCGGCGAUCUCCGCAGGGCAGGGCCUGUCUCAGUCUGCCUCCUCGGUGAGUCUGCAGCAGGCGUUUGCGGAGAUGCGGCAGGGCCAGUAUGACCCGGGCCCCAGCACCGCACCCCCCACGGUGCACCUGGCCAUGCCGAGCGCGGCCGGAGGGACCGGGCUCACGCUGGACACCGGCGCGGCCGUCAGCGCUCCCAGCGCCCCUGUGAGCUCCCCGCCUUUACCCCAAACACAGGCCCCAGAGACGCCUGCCCCCACCCUGCCCACCUCCCUUCCCUCCUCACUCUCCCCGCCUGCCUCUGCCUCGCCCCCUCCCACCGUACAGCAGGCCCCCGCAGCAGUGGGCGGAGCCUCCAUCCCUGCCCCUCUCCCCUCCUCCAUCCCUGCUCCUCUCCCCGCCUCCCAGGCCCAGCCCCCCCACCCGGCCCAGGCCUCUCUGCCUGUCACUCAGCCCGCCGUUGCCACGGCUCCCAGCGCCGCAGUUCCAGCUGCCUCCAUGUCUCCACCUGCUGUGCCUCAGCCUCCAAUCACAGGCAGCCUUCCCAGCUCCGCCUCCUUCCCGCUGACGUCCCCUCCCGCGCAGCAGCCAAUCGGCAGUAGCUUGGCCAGCACGCUGGUGCCCUCAGCGUCAGAGCCCCUGGUCAGCGGCAGCAGAAGCGGGAGUGUGGGCAGCGCGGAACAGCUUCCUGUCACCACGGCUGUUCCCUCCUCCCAGCUCCCUCCCCCCGCGGCGCCCACCGCGGCUGUCUCGGCACCUCAGUUGCCUCCCGCCGCGGCCCCCGCCACAGCUGUUCCAUCAUCCCAGCUGCCUCCUGUGGCUGCGGCCACCUCGGUGGCCCCGGUCCCCCAGCUGGCGGCCCCCGCGGUCCCCUGCACGGCGGCCCCCGCGCUGCCCCAGGCUCCGGCCCUGCAGCCGGUCACAUCCACCAUCCCGGUGGUGCAGCCCACGCUGGUGCACACGCAGCCUCAACCUGCCACCAUGGCCAACCAGAGCCACGCGCACUGCGGCGAGUGCGAGAGCGACCCGCAGGGCAAGGCGCCCGGCAUCGACGACAUCCUGGCCCUGGACAAGAAGCUGCGCUCCCUGUUCAGCGACCUGGGCUCCGGCCUGUCUUCCGCCCAGCCCGACGCCACCGGCGACCCCGCCGGCCCCCCCAGCGUCCCCGGGACCUCCUCCCCCACCGGCACCGCCUCUGUCUCCACCGGCGCCCCUCUGCCCCCCUCCAGCCUGCCCCUGGUGCCCCCCGGGCAGCCCACCUCCACCCCCGCCGCCACCCCGGGGCAGGCCGCCACCCCCGCCGGCUACGGCCAGACCACCCCGGCCAAGCCUUCUCUGUCCCGGGUCCCGGUGUUGCCUGUUGGCUCAGAGCAAGCUGGCACUCCACCCACAGAGCAUCUGUCACCCUUCCCAGGACCUUGUUUAACUCAGUCCCAGCAGCCCCUGGAGGACCUGGAUGCCCAGCUGAGACGGGCUCUGAGCCCAGAGACGGUCCCAGUCAGCAGCGUCACGGCACAGCCCUCGGUGACUGGAAUGCCCUCCGGUGGACAGCCAGUGCCGUUCUCGCUCUCUGCAGAGAGUGAACCUUCGGCCGCGCCCGUGACGGGAGGGUUCAAACUGGGCCGGUUCCAGGUGUCUGUGGCCGCUGAAGAGGCUCCCAGCCACGCUCAGGCCACUACCACCGACUCCUCCUCCUCUUCCUCAUCCACACCCUCUUCUACCUCCUCUUCCUCCUCCUCCUCCUCCACGUACUCCAGCCCGGAGAACACGCUGCACAAGGCCACCUCCCCCCUGAGGAGCGGCAGUGGCGGGGGUGACGUGGUGGACGGCCUCCCACCCCUCCCCCAGCGCGCGGCCACGCCCACCGGCCCCGCCCCCACCCCUCAGCCCACCACCAUCGGCCGCUUCCAGGUCACCACCAACGCCGACACCAAGGUGGGCCGCUUCUCUGUGAGCCGCGCCCAGGACGAGGCCCCCGCCCCCGCCCCAGCCCCCCCGGCGGAGCCCCAGCCCCCCCUGCCCAACGGCCCCGCCCUCAGCCCCGACUCCAAGAGCUCCCUGCCCAGCCUCAACAACUCCUUCCACUCCUACGUCAGCAGUGACAACGACUCCGAGUUCGAGGACGAGGACUUCAAGAGGGAGGUCAACCGGCUGCGGGAAAAGCACAUGAAGGAGAUCCAGGCCCUGCACACUCGGCACAAGGAGGAGAUCGACGCCCUUUUCGCCAGGCUGGGCAAGGUGCCCCCCCCUGUGGUCAUCCCCCCGGUGGUGGCCCUAGCUGGCCGCAGGAGACGCCCCACCAAAAGCAAGGGCAACAAGUCCAGCCGCAGCAGCUCACAGGGCAGCAAGAGCCCCCUGCAGCCAGGCACUUUAUCGGCACAGAGCGCCCCCUCUGUGUUCCCAGCCCAGCAGACCCUGCUGCCCCCCGGGGGGGUCCCUGAGUCGGGGAGCAGUCCCCUGCUGCAGCCCCUCAAACCCUCCCCCUCCAGCGAGAACCUGUGCUCCACCUACACCAGCGACGCCGCCCUGUCCAUGCCCAGCCUGUGCGCCCCCACGCAAGGCUGUGUAAAGUUCAGCUGUGGGUCGGAGAGAGUGACCUUCAAACCAGGUGGCAGAAGGACCCGAUUUCUGAGUACGCCCUGCUUGGCUCUUUGGAAGAUGGUGAAAAAAGUGUGCCCCUGCAACCAGCUCUGUAGGACGAGCAGCACCAACACAGUCAGCGGGCCCGGACAGGGCCAGAACCAGAACCAACCGCCCACCACCCUGCCCCAGAGCCGCAAGGGCACCUUCACCGACGACCUGCACAAGCUGGUGGACAACUGGGCCCGAGACGCCAUGAGCCUGUCCCAGGGAAAGAGAGGCUCCAAGCAGUCGCACCCGCAGCCGGCCUCGCAGGGACACGCCUACGACGUGAUCCCCCCGGCCAACAUGGGGCGCAAGUUCUCUGCGCCGGGACAGCUGUGCCCCAGCAUCGCCUCCUCCCUCAGCGGCCACGCCCCCAUCCCAAACACCCCCGCUACCUCGCUGGGGGCCCGCAAGGGCUCCCUGUGCCCCGCGCCACAGUACGGCUACACCUCUGCACCUUAUGGCGGCCAGUGGGCCGGCUCGGGGGGCCACGCCCAGGCCGGGCCCCUGGCCCCCUCGCAGCCCCUGGGGCAGUACCCGCCCGUGGCCCCCGCCUCUCUGCAGGGCUUCCACAUCAGCACUUUGCAGAAAUCCGUCAGCAACCCAGGCGGCCCCAACCUGAGGACCACGUAGGCCGA